AUGCCUCCGAAGGUGCUGCUCAUCUCGGGCUCGGACAGCGGCGGCGGCGCGGGCCUGCAGGCGGACGUCAAGGCCUGCGCGGCCCUGGGCUGCUACAGCGCCAACGCCGUCUCCGCGCUGACGGCGCAGAACACGGUCGGCGUCCACGGCGUCUUCGGCGUGCCGCCGGCCUUCGUCCUGGCGCAGAUGGACGCCGUGCUCGACGACAUCGCGCCCGACGCGGCGAAGACGGGCAUGCUCGCGACCGUCGACGUCAUCGAGGCCGUCGCCGGGCGCCUCGCCGCGGCCGUGGCGGCGGGCGGCCUGGCGAAGGGCGUCGUCGUGGACCCGGUCAUGGCCGCGGCGUCGGGCGACGCCUUGGUCGAGCCCGACGCCGUCGCGGCGAUUCGCGACGCGCUGCUGCCCGUCGCGACCGUCGCGACGCCGAACCGCUUCGAGGCGGGCAUGCUCCUGGGCGAGGCGCCGCCGGCGUCCCUCGCCGCGGCGCGGGACGCGGCCGCGCGGCUGCGGACCGCGCGCGGCGCGCGCUGCGUGGUCCUCAAGGGCGCGCCGCUCGGCGCCGGCGAGGCGCUGGCGGGCGACGCCGCCUGGGUCGGCCCGCCGCGCGCGCCGGGCGCCGCCGUGCUCGUCGACGUGGUCUGCGGGGACUGGGGCACGCGCGAGCUCGCGUGCAAUCGCGUGGACACGCGGAACACGCACGGCACGGGCUGCACCUACGCGUCGGCCAUCGCCGCCCGGCUCGCGGCGGGGCUCGACACGCUCGACGCCAUCGCGGCGGCGAAGGCGUACCUCGACGCCGCGCUCCGCGCGUCCGCGGACCUCCGCGUCGGCACCGGCACGUACGGCCCCAUCAACCACGCGUUCGAGACGGCGAAUUGGGCGUAA